AUGGACGUGGACGUGCGGCCCAGAAAAAAGAGACGUUUCUUCGUCGACGACCCAGAGGAUGUCGCCGAACAACCGCAACCCUCGUCUUCGGUGAAUGCCUCGAGUCGACCAAACUCCGCCACCUCUUCGACCGACCGUGAGCCCAAGUCCAGCCAGACAGAUCACGUUGACCUUGGGAACUCUGGUAACAAUGCGGCGGCAUCUACGUUUGAUUCUGACACAUUCCGCACCUUUGUCGGAGAGAAUGUCCCUCAGGAUGUGGUGGACAAAGUGCAGUCUGCCGCCAACGGUAAUAUUGAGCGAGCAAUCAAUAUGUACUUUGACGGCUCAUGGAAGAAUAUCACAACACCAGCGCCGGACUUACCGCUUCCUUCAAGAGGAGUAGACUCAUGGUUGGGCUCUUCUGCUGCUCCAGCCAAUGCCCCUUCGGUGCCCAAGCAACGAAAGAAGAGCCAGGGCGAGGCUCUCCCGCAGGCGAUACGGUUGGAGACUAUGCCGGAAGAGCGAUACGUGGGGUCAUUUGGUGUGGGCGCAUGGAUGACCAAGAGCGGUACAGCCUUGUUGGGCCACGGAGAGGCAAUACGAAUAGAACGGUCCAAAAUCAGCCCGAAGACAAAGAUUGGGCGAGGUGGGAAGCUGGUACCGGUCGUGGGCAGGAACCAGAAGGCGGACGUCAUCACGCGUUUUACGAAUUCCAAAGGCGAAGAACUAGGCCGCCUACCUGAAGAGACGGCCUCUUGGGUAUCGCCAUUGCUGGAUCAAAAGAUAUGCCGUUUCGACGGAACGUGCGUGUUUGCGCCGGAUCGUGUCCGGGUCAACGAUACAAUCUACCUCCAGCUUCAUGCUUAUCUGCUCAAGACUGCUUUCGAAGCCAACGCUUUCGUCAAACCCAAAGAUGACAACAGAGCCACGGGUUUCUUUCUGGAGAAGGAGAGUACAGAGGAGAAGGACCUUCGACUACGACAAGUCGCGCUCGUCAAGCUGUUCGACGAGGUGAACCUCAGUCCCACAACCACGAACGAAACAGUGGCGAAGCACAAGAAGCAAGGAUUGUUGAAAGCCGCCGAAAUGGCGGAGCAAUACGACAAAGACAAAGAGGCCAAGGGCAAGUCCGGCACUACGACACCAGGCUCUGAAGAUGAGGAAGGAGAGGAACUGGAGGAGGAUCAGCUUGACACGUUGUACCGCAAAGCACAGUCGUUCGACUUCAACACUCCAGAAGCUGAGCCUGCCGCAACCUUCCAACUCGACUUGCGAAAGUACCAGAAACAGGCGUUGCAUUGGAUGCUUGCCAAAGAACGGGACGAGAAGUCCGACAAACAAUUGUCAAUGCAUCCCCUAUGGGAAGAGUACACGUGGCCCGCCAAAGAUGCAGACGACAAGCCAGUGCCUGUUGUGGAAGGCCAGGACAAAUUCUACGUGAACCUCUAUUCCGGAGAGAUUAGUCUGGACUUCCCAGUCCAAGAACAGAAUUGCUUGGGAGGAAUCCUGGCAGACGAAAUGGGCCUAGGCAAGACAAUCGAGAUAUACAGCCUGAUCCAUUCGAACCGGUCCCAGGUUGAUCUGGAUGCCAUGGACAAGACACUGACCUCCGUCAACAACCUGCCUCGACUGCCCCAGUCGUCGAUUUAUGUUGAGCCAGCGCCAUGCACAACCCUGGUAGUGGCACCGAUGUCACUGUUGUCACAAUGGGAAAGCGAGGCUGUCAAGUCUUCGAAGCCAGGCACGUUGAGGACCAUGGUUUAUUAUGGCAGCGAGAAGUCUGUCAAUCUGCAGAUCCUGUGCUCUGCUUCGAAUGCUGGUUCUGCCCCGAAUGUCAUCAUCACGAGUUAUGGCACCGUCUUAUCAGAGUUCAACCAAGUGUCUGCCGCUGGUGGCGACAGGGCAACUCAUGGCGGCCUGUUCUCCGUGGACUUCCACCGAGUUAUUCUCGACGAAGCGCACACCAUCAAGAACAGGCAGGCAAAGACAUCAAAGGCUUGCUAUGAGCUCCGAGCGAGGCACAGAUGGGUCCUCACCGGGACGCCCAUUGUUAAUCGUCUGGAAGAUCUCUUCAGCCUGGUACGGUUCCUCAAAGUCGAGCCAUGGAGUAACUUUUCUUUCUGGAAAACGUUCAUCACGGUGCCAUUUGAGUCGAAAGAAAUCGCAAGGGCACUCAACGUCGUGCAAACGGUACUGGAACCUCUGGUGCUCCGCAGAACCAAAGACAUGAAGACGCCCGAAGGCGAAGCCCUCGUGCCGCUGCCUCCCAAAACAAUCAUUGUCGAAGAAGUCGAGUUGUCAAAAACAGAGCGCGAAGUGUAUGACCUGAUCUUCACCCGGGCCAAACGGGCUUUCAACGAGUCGGUCGCAGCUGGCACUCUCUUGAAGUCCUACACCACAAUCUUUGCUCAGAUCCUUCGCUUGCGGCAGUCCUGUUGCCAUCCUGUAUUGACUCGCAACAAGGACAUCGUGGCCGACGAAGAAGACGCCGCUGUCGCCGCGGCCGCCGACGAGAAUGGCUUUGCCGACGACAUGGAUCUCCAAGACCUCAUCGCCCGGUUCACCAAAGACACUGAUCUUGCCGACAAGGAGAAUCCGGCAUCGAAAGAUCCGAUCAACACAUUCACCACCAAUGCUCUGCGCCAAAUCCAGGACGAAUCAAGCGGCGAGUGUCCGCUCUGCUUUGAAGAGCCCAUGAACGACCCUGCCGUCACCACCUGCUGGCACAGUGCAUGCAAAGACUGCCUAGAAAAGUACAUUGCACACCAGCUGGACAAAGGAGAGAAUCCUCGUUGCUUCUCCUGCAGAGAGGAGAUCAACCCUCGAGACGUCUUCGAGGUUGUUAAGCACAGCACUCGAUCGGCAUCUUUUGACGAAGACCAAGACAUGUAUGGGGCGGAUGAAGCUGCAAUUGUAAAGCCGGCCAAGAUCUCGUUGCGCCGGAUCCAUCCUUACUCACCUUCUGCGUCGACUUCGGCCAAGAUAGCGGCCUUGCUAAGCCACUUGUCCGCGUUGCCUAGGGGCACGAAAUCGGUGGUUUUCUCCCAGUUCACGUCUUUCCUCGACCUGAUCGCUCCCCAACUCACCAAGCAUGGCUUCGCGUAUCUGCGCUUCGACGGCACGAUGUCGCAGAAAGUCCGAGCGCAAGUGAUUCGCGCGUUUAAUGCAGAGAACGCAUCAGACCCGAAGGCGCCGCGCAUCUUGCUCCUUUCGCUGCGAGCAGGCGGUGUCGGGCUCAAUCUCACGGCCGCGAAUCGGUGCUACAUGAUGGAUCCGUGGUGGAGUUUCGCCGUGGAAGCACAGGCGAUCGAUCGCGUGCAUCGGAUGGGUCAGACGCAGAAAGUCGAGGUGGUGAGGUUCGUGACGAAGGAGAGCAUCGAAGGCAGGAUGUUGAGGGUGCAGGAAAGGAAGAUGGCCGUGGCGGGGAGUUUGGGGGUCGGGCACUCCGGGGCGGGUGAAGGCGAGGAGGAGAGGAGGAAGAAAAGGAUCGAGGAGUUGGAAAUGUUGCUGGGUUAG